GUGAGAGAGAAAGAUAGCCUAGAGCCAACCCCCUGGAGGGUUCUUUUCACCUGUAAGUAACAGCAACGCGGUACCCGGCCGUCCGAUCGAUCGGCAUGACGGUCGUCGACGGCGGCGGCGCGGCGGCGGAGGCGGCUCCCGGGCGCGGGCAGACGGUGUGCGUGACCGGCGCCGGCGGGUACAUCGGGUCGUGGAUCGUCAAGCUCCUCCUGGAGCGGGGCUACGCCGUCAGGGGCACCGUGCGCAACCCUGAUGACGCGAAGAACGCGCACCUGAGGGCGCUCCCCGGCGCGGCGGAGAGGCUGGCGCUGUGCCGGGCCGACCUGCUCGACUACGAGGCCCUACGGGCCGCCGUCGCCGGCUGCCACGGCGUCUUCCACACCGCGUCGCCGGUGACCGACGAUCCGGAGCAGAUGGUGGAGCCGGCGGUGCGGGGCACGCGCCACGUCAUCGACGCGGCGGCCGAGGCCGGCACGGUCCGCCGCGUGGUGCUCACGUCGUCGAUCGGCGCGGUCGCCAUGGACCCCGGCCGCGCGCCGGACGCCGUCGUGGACGAGUCCUGCUGGAGCGACCUCGACUUCUGCAAGAGCACCCGGAACUGGUACUGCUACGGGAAGGCGGCGGCGGAGCGGGCGGCGUGGGAGGCGGCGGCGGCGCGCGGGGUGGACCUGGUGGCGGUCGUCCCGGUGCUGGUGCAGGGCCCGGCGCUGCAGCCGGCGGUGAACGCCAGCCUCGCGCACGUGCUCAAGUACCUGGACGGCUCCGUCGCGACGUUCGCCAACGCCGUGCAGGCGUACGUCCACGUCCGCGACGUCGCCGACGCGCACGUCCGCGUCUUCGAGGCGCCCGGCGCCGCCGGCCGGUACCUCUGCGCCGACGCCGUGCUCCACCGCGAGGACGUCGUCAGGACCCUCCGCAAGUUCUUCCCCGAGUACCCCGUCCCGGAGAGGUGCUCCGACGAGGUGAACCCAAGGAAGCAGCCGUACAAGAUAUCGAACCACCGACUGAGGGAUCUGGGCCUGGAGUUCACGCCGGCGGCGCAGGCCCUCUACGAGACCGUCGUAUGCUUCCAGGAGAAGGGCAUCCUCCCAGUCCCUGCUACUGCUACCCCGUCGUCGCCGCCGUCGCUGCCCUGAGCUGAGCUUCACAUUUCAGUCGCUGCUGUUUCGAUCGGUUUGAUAAAAAGAAAAAGAAAAUAAAUGUAGUACUGAAUGAAAUGUAUACCGUUGUGGUGGGCUUCAGUGGCCGAAGUGUUUGAGAUUCAGCAGUAAUAAUUAGCUAUUCUAGUUUGUAUGUCGUCUGCAGCUAGAUUUGGUCUCGAAAUAAGCAAAUGAAACAGGAUGGCAUGCAUGUAGUAGUAUGAUCCGAUGCUUGUUUGACUGUAAUUUGCCAAACUUUGCCAUUUGUUUGUGACA